GGAAGCGGUGUCUAUCCCGCUUGUUGCGCUGAAGAAUAGCAGGGAGGAGAUGUCUACGAGCCGGUUUGCGAGCAGCGAGAACGUUGUGGACGAUCGGUUGGUGCCGAAUGCUGGAAGCGCUGCGAGAGAUUUCUGCGCCCUAGAGCGGACAUGGCUAUCCAACAUCCGCCUGUGUUUCCUCUUCAUCCUCAUCAGUUCUGCACUCAUGCUCCGCACCCGCCUUCCUUCGCCCAACUCUGAUCAGCAGGACGAAGUUCGCAUGCCACUGCCGGCAUCGAUGACCUUUGGAGCGUUGUACUUUGUAUGCACGCUCGCUCUUGUCGUCGGCGGGUGGUGGAGCUACAGGGAUGUGAGGAUCGGACUGGAGAAACAUGUGGGCUUUGUGGGCAACUUCAGAUACAUGGGCGCGAUUCUGCUCUGCGUUGUGGCACUCAUCCUCGCCACGGCAAUCGCUCUCAUGGUUCAGUCUGGGGGGGCUCUGUAGUUUGCACGCCUUCCCAUUCUUUCUUCCUUCCGGUCACAACGCCACUGCGCAUAUACACUCUGUCACGUCCGACUAUGGCUUAGAUGCACCUUCGAGUCGACCUAUUGGAUAUCCGGCUGAUGCAGUGAGCGAGUGCAUGACGAGAUCACCGACAAUUCGGUGUGGUUAUCGUAGUACAGUUGGGCGGCCAUGCGCGGUCAAUGCCGAUUUUGACAUGCCCUUAUACUCGGUUGGCAAUUCAUGAAAUCCCAGAAGAUUGCUGUCGAUACCGUAUCAUCGCAUGGGUUCGAACUGGAGAUCGCAGCACCGACAAUCCAACCUAUACCAAAAGCAAUU